UCGCAUUUUUCGCAACACAAGUUAACGGAAUUUCAUUGUGAGCGGUUGUGUGAUGCGGCGAGCGGCGAGCGGCACAGUGGGUCUCUGAUAAUAGUAAUAAUAAUGAAAACAUACGAAUCAACUAUCUACAAUUGAAACGAGUGUGGGGGUACAUGGAUGAAAAGUGAUUACGCCUAUGUGAACAAAUACAAAUAAUUUGAAAAUCUUUGCGUGUCUUUUGUACAAUAUGAGCAACAUUUUUCAGAAAUAAAUACAAUAUAUGUAUGCAGCAUCUGUGCUACAGCAAGCAUUGAUUUUGCCCAUCUGCUUAGCUUUCAGAUAGGGCGGUUGUCCAAGGAAUACCGACUGAGCAAACAAGCAUCAAUAAGCACUGCAAGGGUGCAACGAAAACGAGGGGCAAUCCACAUAAUAAAAAAGUGAAUUCUUAAUUUAAUGUCAACUGUUGAUAAAUAAUUGAACUUUGAUUGGCGAUAAGCUUUCCGGUGCAAAAAUAUGAGGUUUUGAAAAAAGACACAUAAAGUGAUUGCAAAUGGAAACCUGGUAAAAGACUGAUUGAUUGGAGUAUUUAGAAGUGCUCAACUAAGAACGGGAGACUGGUCCAACACUGCUAGAUAACCACCGAAAAACUUAGAAAAAGGAACACCAAAAAAAUAUAUGUACACGUAUUUGAAAAUCGCCGUGCAACGGUUGUGACCAGUUUCUCACCACAUUGCAACAAAGUGAAAAUCAAAGCAAAGCAACCAAAGACUUUCAUAAGGAAUUAACCAAAGCUCAAAAUCAAAGGAGUGAAAAUGUCUUCGCGUUUAAAAGAGAAAGUCUCCGCUGCCAUACGGAAAUUCAACAAAAGUCGAAGUCGCAGUGGUAGCGGCGACAAAGCUGGCGACGCUGGUGGUGGUGGCGCUACUAGUGCGAAUAAUGCCAACAGUAAUGCGGGAGGCAAUGUGUUGGUGAAGAAUUCAAAUGAAGUAGUGGCAGCUGAAUCACCUGGCAAACGCAUGCGACGGCAGGAUAACAAAGUCUCACCAGCCACAAGUCGAAUGGUUAUGCCGGUAAAUGUUCAACAUGCACCCGAUCAUAGUAUUCGAGCAAGACGAUUAAUGAAAGAAUACAAGGAGAUACAGAAAGUGCAUAACGGUCAAAAGGAUCCAGUCUUCACGGUGGAGCUUAUCAAUGAUAAUUUGUAUGAGUGGUAUGCAAGAUUGCAUAUCGUCGAUCCAGAUUCAAAAUUAGCGAAAGACAUGACCGAAAUGAACAUUCCAUUCAUACUCCUGCACUUGGUAUUUCCCGACAACUUUCCAUUUGCCCCGCCGUUUAUGCGUGUUGUAGAGCCGCGAAUCGAGAAGGGUUUCGUAAUGGAGGGCGGCGCAAUUUGCAUGGAGCUACUAACGCCACGUGGCUGGGCAUCAGCGUACACCGUAGAAGCGGUUUUAAUGCAGUUUGCGGCGAGCUUAGUCAAAGGGCAGGGGCGUAUUGUGCGGAAAACGAAGAGUUCAAAGGAAUUCAGCAGGCGCACCGCCGAGGAAGCGUUCCGAUCGUUAGUAAAAACCCAUGAAAAAUAUGGCUGGGUAACACCGGCGCUCUCCGACGGCUGAAUCGAAACGCUCAUUCAUACAACAUACAACAUCUGUAUACACUCGAAACACUAGUAUUAAAACAAAGCUGGUACUGAUGAUGAUUGAAAACAAAUAUAAAAAAAGUAAUUUUUGUGAAAUUCUGGUCAUAUUAUACCGACCAAAAUUCUCUUUACUCAUAAUUAAGUUUAUUAAUUAGAUACAAUACAUGUGUGUAUGUUGCUAACACAAUAGAAAUUAUAAUAUAUUGUAUAAUAAUAAGUAAUGUUUGCAAGAAAUUUGCUGUAUUUUUCUUUAAAAAUGCUGCCACAAUAAGAUAAAUUUGUUUGUGCGUAUAUGUAUUGGUAUGUGUUCUCGUAUUUGCAUUUGUAAUAAUUUAAUAUGUAUAUAUGUAUGCAUGUACGUGUACUUAUGCAAGUACGUCAUUCAAAAACUAUGGGAACAUUAAAAUUACGUUUGCAUCUACUUGUUUCUAUGUAAUAUAUUAUAUAUAAAUGAUAAAUAAAA